AUGUCUGCGGCUGCCAAGCUUAAGCCAGACGGCCUGCUGGGUCUCUCUAUGGCCGAAGCCAGGGCCCUGCUCGUUGGUAUUGCCUGUGAGGAAGGCGGCAAGGUUGACAUGGAAAAGCUUGCCUCGAAGUACCCCUACAAGAACAGCGCCUCCGCUAGCACCUCCUACCGCAAUGCCAAGCGCAAGCUCGUGGAGUAUGCCAAUACUUUAGGCGAUGGUGCUGCUUCUGCUAGCAGUGCAGCCUCCCCCGGUGGUGCGACAAUCUCCACCAGCGCAACUAGCACCCCCAAGAAAAGAACUCCCGCUCAGCGCAAGAAGGCUACAUCCACCGACUCCGAUGUUGCUGCCGACGAUGCGACCGGAUCUCCCAAGCCAAAGCGGCAGAGAAAGACACCUGUGAAGAAGAGUACUGAUACUGACGCCAAGGUCAAGAAGCCUGUCGAAGACGACGACGACGCGGCCAUCGAUGGCCUGCUUAACCCUGAGUAUCUCAACGAUGACAACCAGACCGUCAACGUGAAAAUGGAGGAGAGCUACGUGCCAAUGAAGCAUGAUGAGGAAGAGCUCGGAAGCAUCGACCUCGAUGCCGAGCUUGAUGCUAUGGAAACCCCCAAGUCCGUCAAGCCCGAGGACGUUGAGGCCUAG